AUGCGUGCUCGCGAAGACUCCUCUCGGAGCCUCCGAGUAGCUUUGCCAGUUCCCUAUGAACAACAAGGAGUUGGGCUAUUCGUUGAGAACUUUGUGCUUGAUGUCCCUGGACCACAGUCUCCCAAAGGCUUCCUUGCCAGCCUGUUGCCAUUGCUACGAACCGCGAAAUCGGAUUCUCUGAUUUCAGGUACCGUUGAUGCAGUGGGAUUAUGCUUCCUCGCAAGGACGGCGACCAACCAAUGGAUAGCUUCACAAGCGGCACGCAGUUAUGUUCGAUCUUUGAAUCUUUUGCAGAAAGCCCUCCGCCAUGAUACCGAUUGCAUUUCUACUGAGACAAUGAUCUCGAUAUGUUUGAUGGGAUUGUACGAGGUAAGCGGGUUCACGACGGCGAUUUGGUCUUGCAUAUUUGACUCUAGGCUAAAUAUAAGGCUUCAGAUUAUCAUGCCUCCGGAGCAGACCGUUCACCCCUGGCUUGCUCAUCUUCAGGGCCUGACUGCAAUCAUAAAAGCACGCAACCAAAGGACACGUAUCUCCUCUGGCGGCAUUGGCUUUUAUGAUACUCCAAAGCAUCCUUCAGAAAAAUCAGCUUUGGCUGUAGAUUAUGACGCCCCAGUCAUGUUUAUAGCCGCAGUUUGGAACACAUAUCGCACAACACUGUUGCGGUUAUAUGACGUGAUCGCACAAUGUUUCCAAUACCUGGACACUGAUGCCAACCCAUUUCUAGAAACGGAAGAACUGCAAGCGCUCCAGACAUAUGCCAAGGAGACAGGCGAAGGAAUCUGCUCUUCAGUAGCCUACCACAUCAAUAACGAGUGGGUAAGCCGUCUGGCCGCCACAGCUAGCCUCCCUGGUAAUCAGAGUCGAUCCCCGAAAGCUGUGGGCGGUCUGUUCCUGAUCUGGCCGCUCUAUGGGGGGAGCGUCCUGUCCAUUGUACCAAAAGUUCAUCGUGCCUGGAUGAGGCGGAAACUUCGUAUGAUUGGCAUUUCAAUGGCGUUGUCACAGGCAACUGUGCUCGCCGACACAGUCGACUUGGGGAGGAAGACGGAUCCUUGGAAACCGCUUAUCAUCAGUCAGGGCAACAAGUUUCUGUGGAGCGUAGGCAUGUUCUAG